CCUUACAUUGCCGGACUGUAAGAAGACAUCAAACUUUUUUUAUGGAAGUACCUCCAAUUACACAGAGCCACCAGAGCUUCUUGAUGAUCAACAGAACUUCAAUCAGACCUUUGAAGAAAGCUGUUUUAGACCACCUGAAACUGACCCAGCAAAAAGAUCUGUACACCAUGGCCAGGCCUGUUAAAAACCACACUGAAACUACAAGAAUAUGGAUCCAAAUGCUGCUGCAUAGCAUCCUAGAUGUGAGGGAGACUGACCAGACUUUUGUUCCUUAUGUUUGGAUUGAUAUGGAUUGGAUUAAUUAUCACAUUAAGUGGGAUCCAGUGAAGUUCUGUGGAAUUAAAAGGGUAACAGUUCCUAUUGAAGCAUUGUGGAAGCCAGAUAUAACUAUUGAAGAGAUGACAGAGAAGGAUAAGGCCCCACCGAGUCCUUACCUCAUCGUUCGUUCUUCAGGUUGGGUCGAACGUCUGAAUGAUAUGGUUCUGGUCAACACCUGCAAAAUGCAAGUUUACAAAUUCCCCUUCGACAUGCAGCGCUGCACCAUAACUUUCAAGUCGGUCGUACACAAUGACGAGGAAAUACAGCUUAUUGAUUUUUACAACCAUGGCACGUUGCCUGUGUGGACUAACAAGUUGCCGACCCAGUAUGAGUGGCUGGUCAUCAGCAAGACGGCCACAGUCAAAACUAUUGACACUUUAGGCUUCAACCAAAGCAUGCUUGUUUACACUAUCACCAUGAAGAGGCGGUCUCUGCUCUACGUUGUCAACUUCAUGUUGCCUGUCCUGUUCUUCUUGUGUCUGGACUUGGCCUCCUUCCUGAUCUCAGACAGAGGGGGCGAGAAGCUCAGCUUCAAGGUCACUGUGCUGCUUGCUGUCACUGUGUUACAACUAAUUCUAAAUGAAAUUCUGCCUUCCACGUCAGACAAGAUUCCACUUAUAGCGGCCUACUGUAUUGGGAGUUUUGGUUUGAUGAUGCUCAGCCUCCUGGAGACAAUUUUGGUGAUGCAUCUGAUGGAGAAAGACUCUGCAUCGGAUGACAGCAAGGCAGACAGAGACCGAAGCUCAAGUGAGGACUGUAGGGACAAACAAGACGAGAAGAAAUGGACUCACUGUGGGUCUGCCUGUGAUGUGUCUACUGGUGAAACUCUAUCUGGACUGCUGUCGGUGGCCAAAGAGGAUAGCAGCAGCAAACUGACGGAGGACUCCCAUUCCUUGGAGAAGCUCUCAGAUGAUCUGAUGAAGGUGGAGAAAACACUGACUGUGCUCCUCAACAGCAGGAAGGAUGAAGGAAAGCCUGGGUACUGGACCAGAGUGGCUAAAAGAAUCAACAAAGUUUUCAUCAUUGUCUACGUCACAGUUGUCGGUCUGUUUUUAUCUUGUAUCUCUUUAACAUGGUACCAUGCAGCGGACGAGUAGUGCUAAAGUUCAAAAAUACAAUUAAGUCAUUGUUCCACUUAACAUGGACAUUACCACAUUUGUAGUGUGUUCACACCUGUAAAAAAAAAGACCCAUUGUUGCUUUACGUACUCCAUUGAGGGUUUGCGCUGACUUGUUAUGAACCAACAACACGAACCCAUAGAGGAAUUAGUUUGUGUAGACUGACAGCAACUUAUGCUGCAGUUUACUGUGCUGAUUACAAAACCUCUGCAAUCAAAUAAUUACUAUUAUUAAUGUUAAUUUAUGGCAGCAUUACAUUGUGCUAUUCCACUGUGAGCAGAAACAUUUUAAACAGUUUUAUAACAUUGCACAGUCUCAGUGAAGAUCACAGUUUUAGCCACAACAUAAAGUGCAGAGGAUCUUUUUUAAGCAAACCAUGUGGGGACAACGACAGCUGACCGAAAUCCAACCAAUUCUCAGUUGAUCAUUCAGGCAAUUAAUUAGGUGUUGUAACCCCCCCGCGCCUUAGCUGCAAAUUAUAUUCGAUUGCUGCAUGGAAAACAAGUUGAUGGAGAACCAAUUAAUUAAAUCAAAAAUUAAUGGUGCCAUUGUUAAACAAAAAGAUAAGAAAUUAGAUUAUAAUAUAUAGAAGAUUUAGUUUUUUCUCAUUAUAAUCUUUGUACAUUUUAAAUGUUUACAUUUAAAUCAUGUUGUUUUAAAUGUUGGUUUUGCUUUGUCAAAACUAAAGAGAUAAAAUAAUAAGCAGGUAGACAGGAGUGCUUCUUAGGGUAUUAUCUUCAAACAGUACAAGUAGACAGGUUUUGCCAAGCAAAGACAGGAAAACAGGGAGUUUGACCCAAAUGCAAACGCUUAGGCAGAGCAGAGUCAGUUAUGUGUUUAUUUAAAUCAGGGGAUGGCAACUUACAGAAACAGAUGAGGCAGUCCAAGGGAAUAAAUAAGUCCAAACACAGGUACUAACAGAAAGUGGAGCCAAUAAUGAAUCCAAUAAUAAAUACAAAACAUAAAUACAACCACAGCUGAGAGAGAUAAUUGAGGGAACAGGCAGAGACACUCGACAAAAUACCAAGACGAUCAGACAAGAACAAAGAGAACAUGCAUACCUAAAUACCCAAGAGGCAGCUGACAAAACCACUGGUGGACACAAUCAGGGAAACUCAACACCGACAGGAAGCAAAGUAUGCACCAAGGAAAGACAACUUUAAAAUAAUACAGGAUAUACAAAACAAAAACCCCAAACCGUGACAGACAAGCUAGUUAAGCUAAUGAAGAAAAACCUACUGACGUCUUUGGAUAUCUCCAUCUGUCACGUGACUCUUGCCUUGCAGGUCGUAGCAGACCCUCGAGAGUUUCUUAUCCUAACACAUUGUUCUUAUGGUACUCAUGCCUUGAGAAAUUUCUACACCCUAGUUUUAGAAAUGUGUUUUUAGCUGUUUAGAUAUAGUCCAUCAGUAGUGUUGUUUGCAUGUUCUACACACUGUCACACAUCUAACAUAUAUUCUGUAUAAGCUUAUAACACCAGUCUGAUUGUAUAAUAAAGUUCUAGAAAUACAUAUGCCUAGGACAUUAAAUAUGCACAAUGCUCAGU